AUGUCUGUUAGUUAUGUGAUAGCUCAUUCUAUUGGUAGGAAUGCAAUGACCGCAGGCAGCCUUGAGCGAAAACGUGUCCGCCGUUGUGUUGAUCUGGGCGGUCGUCUGUGGCUGUGGCGAAGCCGUACAAAUGGUGGGUACUGGAUCCGCACCUCCCGUUCCGGGAGUCUCCCGUCCGCCGGAUCCCGAAGUGCUCUCUGGGUCCCCGUCUCCCGUCACCCUCCCUCCCGUCUCCCGCAGCCUGACAAAGUCCACCGGUCUGGUUCCCUCUGGACCCUUCCUAGGCUGGCCUUAUGUCCAACCAUCGUCCAGCUGUCCUUGCGGACCCGUACGACUGCCGGCUGCUACUGGCUCGCCCCCCGGUGCCGCACCAUCUCCGGCAUGCGUGUCCGCAGCCCCCCGGGAGAGUUCAAUGUUCCUAGAUUAUGCCGCCGCCGCGGCCGCCGCCGCUGGGCCGGUGCCGGUAUGCCGUUUGUCCGCCGGACACGACAGACGGGGUGGAGGGGUGCUGGUCUCACGAUCCUGUGCCACGCGAUCUAA